AUGGGUUUAUUCACUUUCCUUUUGCUCUCUCUCUUAGGCCUAGCUUGUUACACCAGUGCAGAAAUCUCACCCCAGAUUGGAGUUUGCUACGGCCAACUGGAAAUCCUCAAAGCCCUCAAAGGCACCGACCUCCAAGUCUCUGUCAUGGUCCCUAAUGAGAUCAUCACCAACAUUUCCUCAAAUCAAACCUUGGCAGAUCAAUGGGUCCUCGCCAAUGUCGUCCCUUUCUACCCAGAAACCAUGAUCCGAUACCUAUUAGUCGGAAACGAAAUAUUGAGUCAACCCGAUACAACAACCUGGUUCAAUCUUGUACCGGCCAUGCGUAGAAUCAAAUACUCGGUCAAAAAAUACAAGCUCCAUAAGAUUAAAGUUGGGACGCCACUGGCUAUGGAUGUUUUAGAAUCAUCGUUUCCACCGUCUAACGGAACAUUUCGAUCCGAUGUAUCGGUGAAGGUCGUGAAACCAUUGUUACAGUUCUUGAACAGAACCAAGUCUUUCUUCUUCCUAGAUGUGUAUACAUUUUUCCCAUGGUCCUCUGAUCCCAUAAACAUCAAGCUUGACUACGCUCUGCUAAUGGCGAAGAACAUUACAUAUACCGAUCCGGUUUCGGGUUUAACAUACACCAACCUGCUCGAUCAAAUGCUUGACUCAGUUGUUUUCGCCAUGAAAAGACUCGGGUAUCCGAAUAUUCGACUUUUCAUUGCUGAAACGGGUUGGCCCAACGGCGGCGAUAUCGACCAGAUUGGCUGUAAUAUUUACAACGCCGCCACUUAUAACCGGAAUGUUGUGAAGAAACUAAUGUCGAAGCCGCCGGUUGGGACGCCGGCACGGCCUGGUACGGUUCUGCCGGCGUUUUUAUUCGCUUUGUACAAUGAGAACCAGAAGCCGGGUCCGGGUACGGAGCGACAUUUCGGGUUGUUGUACCCGAAUGAAAAGAAUGUGUAUGAGAUCGAUUUAUCUGCAAAGACGCCGGAAUCAGAGUAUAAACCGUUGCCGAUUCCGACGAAUAAUGAGCCUUACAAGGGGAAGAUAUGGUGUGUGGUGGCUAAAGGAGCGAAUCGGACGGAGUUGGCGUCGGCGUUGUCGUAUGCUUGUGGGCAGGGUAAUGGGACUUGUGACCCGAUUCAGCCCGGUGGGAAGUGUUACAAACCGAUAAAGUCUUUGGUCCGGCAUGCAAGUUUAGCUUUUAGUUCGUACUGGGCCCAGUUUAGGAAUGUUGGUGGGACUUGUUACUUCAAUGGGCUUGCUAUCCAGACCGCUAAAGACCCAAGUUAUGGAUCUUGCAAGUUCCCAAGUGUUACUCUUUGA